AUGACGCAGACGGCGUCAGCGCGAGUAACAGGCGCCUAUUCUGCAGGCGAAGAGAGAACGAUUCCUGCACGAGCAAAGGAGUACAUGCCACGCGAACAUCGCGAGCUUAUUUACUGGGUCGAAGCAGAAUCGCCGAUACAGAAAUCAACGGAAGGUCGUCAGCAAGCACUGGAGGCGCUCACUGCGUUUCGCUCAUCUCAUUUGAAUACAGUGGCAUUAUACAUCCUCACACAAAUGAAAGGCUCUUCGCAGGCGACUGGAACUGGAGGCAGUUCACUUGUGCAAUUUUUGAACAAUGUCAGGCUCGAUACCAAAUGA